AUGGCGCAUGAGUCGACUCGCCCAUUUUCAUUCCUUCCUUUCCUCUCUUCUCCUUUCUGUACCACCCUCCUUAUCACCCACUUUCCUUUCCCUUUCUACCGCCACCAGAGUCCAACAAAAUGAGUGAUAAACCACGCGUUAUGAUCGCCGGUGCCGGUUUGAGUGGUGUUAUGCUAGCCAUCUUACUCGAGCGCAUCAAUGUUCCCUACAUGAUCUACGAAAAGGCAUCGACUGUAAAGCCUCUGGGAUCGGUCAUGGGCUUCAACUCAGGCACGUUGCCUAUCUUUGAACAGCUUGGGCUUCUUGACGAUCUCAUGAAGUUUUCUCUACCAACGCAUGGAAUGGAGAUCUACGACGAAAGCAUGACCAUGCUGGGAGAUUUUAACACGGAGGGUCUCAAAGAAAAAAGCGGAUACGAUACCAUCCUCUUCGCGCGCCUGCAGCUGUACGAAUUCAUGCUAUCCAAAGUGCCUUCCGAAAAGGUCUCUUUCCAAUCCAAAAUCAUGUCCAUCGAACAGAACCAUCUCGGCGUCAUGAUUCGGCUGCAGGACGGCUCGACUCAUCACGGAGACAUUCUUGUCGGUGCAGACGGAGCGUACAGUGCUGUGCGACAAAGUCUUUAUAAGCAUCUUGACAAGAAGGGUCUACUGCCAGACUCGGACAAAGAGAACCUACGCGCUGGACAUCUUUGCGUUGUUGCAACAAGUGGACCGUUAGACCCAGAAAAGUAUCCGACUGUCAAGGAUUCUAUUUCCCAUUUCCAGCGCGUUGUGCGUCCAGGCUCCAACCACUCAUGGUCCACUGCCAAUGUGCCCGGCAACAGGAUUGCCUGGGCUCUGGUGACCCAGAUCGAGACAGUUGCCGAAUCUAAAGAUGCGAUGUUCAGGCUUUCCGAGUGGGGCCCCGAGGGAGUCGAUGCCAUGCUUCAAGAGUAUCGCAACUACAAGGCUGUUGUUGGCGGAAAAAUGGGCGACAUUAUGGAUGCAACACCCAAGGAUCAAAUCUCCAAGGUCUUCCUCGAGGAGAAACUUUUUACGACAUGGCACCAUUCAAGGACGGUUCUCAUUGGCGAUGCUUGUCACAAGCUCCUUCCAAGUUCAGGUCAAGGCGCACAAAAUGCCAUUCAUGACGCUGUAGUUCUCGCUAACUGUAUCAAUGACAUGGCCGACACGAGCCUUCAAAGCAUCGAGUGGGCGUUCGAAGAUUACAAAGAGCAGCGAUAUCCUAUCGUCAGCGGCCAGUACGAGCGCAGCAAACUCAUGGCGAAAAUGAUCUAUGGACAUACUUGGCAUGAGCGUCUUUUGCGAUAUGUCAUUUUCAACUGGGUUCCCAAGAGCGUACAGAACAAAGAACUUCACCGUGUGAUGUCGUAUCGUCCUCAAGCCAACUUUCUGCCAUAUGUUGAGAAUAGGGGUACUAUUCCUGUCCUCCCACCAUGGAUCUCGAAGCGCAAGCAAGAACAAGCUACGAGCAGUAGCAACGAUACCACCGCCACCACAGUGCCAGCAUAAACAUGAGCGACAAAUGUUACGAGCACACCACUGCCCAUAUAUAUUCAUAUUAUCCGCAUUCCAU